AUGAGAAAUCCAUUCAAUAAAUUUGAUAUGAAUGUUUGGAGUACUUCGCUAAUAAAUAAGAUAAACAAUUCUCUAAAGAGACGGAGGAGUGAUGAUAAUGUUAUCGGUGGCAAUUCAAAACACCAAAAAGUAGAUGACGUCUUCGAUUCCAAUGGCGUUAGACACGACGAUCACUUGCAUUUACACUCCACCAAACUGAACGAUGACGAUGAUGAGAUUGUUUAUCCUGAUAACAAUCUUAUCGACAAUGACGACGACGAUAACAAGGCUAAUGAUGAUUACUGGAUUGGCGAGGACCCUGCAGAUGACAGAGACGACAACGUUCUCCCCAAACACGAGUUUGAUAAGGGCUAUGAUGACGAUAGUGAGGUGAGUGCGCAGAGUGAUCAAGACGAGCAAGACGAGGUAGACAACCUGGAUUACAUUUCAGAGGAUGAUCAAGUCGAUAGUAAUAGCAAUAGCAAUAGCAAUAGCAAUAUCAAUCUCACUCACGUUGACCAUGUCAAGCAGCUCGAAAACGAUCAAGACAACUUUGGUGAGCAAGUUGUUGGAGAGGUAGAUGAUGACAGCAAUAGUGAUAGCGACAGAGUGUAUAGCGAUAGUGACAAUGAGCAGGAGCAGGAGCAGGAGUACGAGAAACACGAGGAACACCCCCACGAACACACCAAAAACACCGCAAAACACAACGAAACAAUAGAUUUAUCUUCUGAUAGUGAUUAG